AUGGGGGGGGAAGAACAAUCCGCGCCGGAGGAGGGAGCAAACCCAACAACCCUGCAGUCAAGGGAGACCACUGAAGAUGGUGAUGCGCAGCCAGUACAAGAAAGCAUGGCGCCUCUGGCUGGAAGUGAGGGAUUGCUGCCCAAACAAAGCGAGGCCCCUGUUCCAGAAAAUAACCACUCCGAAUCCGGGAGCGGCGCGACCCAAGAGGACCGCCUCGCCCUGCUCAACGACGCGAAACUGAUACUGCGUGAUUGGAAUGUCGACAGUACUGCGCGUGUGUGCGUGUCGCGGGUUUCGAUGCUUCUUCUUCUGGGACUGUGUGGAGCUGUGGCAGUAUUGUGA